GCUCCGUGUAUUAAAGCGGAGCAUCAGCCGAUGCAUCGGGCUAACAGGCAGCACCAUGGACGGCUGCCGGGCGGCUGCAGCCGGGGCUCUCCGCCUCGCAGCGCUCUCCACCCGGACCCAGAGACCGCUGCGGCUCGGAGCCGGAACCAGAACCGGAACCUCGGUCUGGGCUCAGAGGAGCCUGAGCGAACCGGCGGCCGCAGAGCCGCGGAGGAGGCUGAAGAGCGCCGCGGAGCUUCCGGGACCCAGUUGGUUCACCACCUUGUACUGGCUGUUCAUCAGGGGCUAUGGAGCUAGAGGACACCUGCUGCAGUGCCUCCAGAAGCGGCGGUACGGCCCCAUAUGGCGGUCCCGGUUCGGUCCGUUCCAGCUGGUGAACGUGGCGAGUCCGCGGCUCAUCGCCCAGGUGAUCCAGCAGGAGGGCCGGUACCCGGUCCGGGUCGAGCUGCCGCACUGGAAGGAGUACCGGGACCUGAGGGGGCAGGCGUACGGCCUGCAUGUGGACUCUGGGCCGGAGUGGCACCGGAUCCGCAGCGUCCUGAACCCCAAGAUGCUGCGACCCAGAGAGGUGUCGGCCUUCGCCCCCGUGGUCCAGACCGUGGUGGACGACCUGCUGGCCCGGCUGGAGCUGCUGCGCCGCCGCAGCCCCGACGGCGCCACCGUGCCCGACCUGGCUGCCGAGCUCUACAAGUUUGGCUUUGAAGGUAUUUCUGCCGUCCUGUUCGAGACGCGCCUCGGCUGCCUGCAGGAGGAAAUCCCUGCCGACACGCUGCGCUUCAUCGCCGCCGUCAACGACAUGCUGACGCUGUCCGACCAGGUGGUGCUGCUGCCGCGCUGGAGCCGCGGGCUCCUCCCCUUCUGGGGACGCUUCGUCCAGGCCUGGGACGACCUCUACGGCGUAGGUCUGUGCUCUGCAGCUCAGAAGCUGGUGGACAGGCGGAUGGCGGAGCUGGCGGCGCAGCCUGGCGGCGGCGGCGGCGAGGGGAUGUUCCUGACGUACCUGCUGUCGUCUGAUAGGCUGAGCAGAGGCGAGGUUUACAUCAGCGUGACGGAGCUGAUGCUGGGCGGCGUGGACACGACGUCCAACACUCUGUCCUGGGCUCUGUACCACCUGGCCCGGGACCGACCCGCCCAGAACCGGCUGCAGGCCGAGGUCGACGCCGUCUGCCCCGACCGCCAGCCGCCCGGCGCGCCGCACCUGGCCAGGAUGCCCUACCUGAGGGCCGUCGUCAAGGAGACGCUGCGCCUGUAUCCGGUGGUGCAUGGAAAUGGACGGCUGGUGUCAGAGAACGAGGUGGUGGUGGACGGGUUCUGGUUCCCUAAGAAGACUCAGUUCCAUCUGUGUCACUACGCUGCGUCCCACGAUGAGGUGGAGUUCACGGCGCCGGAGGAGUUCCUGCCGCAGCGCUGGCUGCAGCAGGAAUCUCCCAGCAGCCACAGCGGCAGAGCCACGCCCGGUUUCUACCACCACCAUCCUUACAGCUUCAUCCCGUUUGGCGUCGGCGUGAGAGGCUGUGUGGGCAAGAGGCUGGCAGAGAUGGAGAUGCACCUGGCUCUGUCCAGGGUGAUGCAGCACUACGACGUUCAUCCUGAAGUGGACUCUCCUCUCGUUGAGCCUAAAACCAGAACUCUCCUGAUCCCAUCCAGACCCAUCAACCUGCGCUUCCUCCCCCGAGCCUGAAGGUGGCAGCACUCGCUCUCCUGCUUUCUGAAACCGUUUACAGCUUCUUCAUGUUCUGCAGUCAGUCUCAUCAGGAAGUAGAAAAUCACUCCACAGAUUCAUCAUGUUGAUGUUCAGGAAGAUAAAAACAUAAAAUUAGUUUUUGGAUCAGUUUAUAAUAUUUUAGCAGGGCCUGUUAGUUGUUAUAGCGCCCCCUGAAGGCCAAAUAUCACCACGUUCACCUGCUGGAGAUAAUUACAGCACACAUUUAAUAAUAAAGUAACAGAUUUUAAAUGAAAUUAUACAAACUAAUAAAUGACAGGAAUGCAAAGAUUUAUGACUCAGCAGCAUUUCUCAUCAGUUUGUUUUUUUCUGCUAAUAUUGUUUUUAUUUAGUUUUUAUUAAUGUUGGUUUAGUUUUUAUUUAGUUUUUAUUGUUGGUUUAGUUUUUUAGUCUAAAGAGACUAAAAUCAGAGGCGAUCAGAGCUAAAUGCUAACAUCUGGUUAGCAUGUAGCUAGGUGCUAACAUCUGGUUAGCAUGUAGCUUGCUAAGGCCUGACUGUGUUCUCCCUGUGCCUUCAUGGAUUAUUUUAUUAAUUAUUAUAACAGCAUGAAGAGGAUUUUAUUCUACAAUCUGAGAAUUUUGUAUUUGUGAUUUAUUACUUAGAAAAAAACCUAUUUUGAAAUGAACAGAAACAUUUUAUAAAUCAUUUAAAUUCUGCAUGUUGAUCCUGUUUGAUACUUUUAUUCAUGUUUCUCUUUCUGAUCUA